AUCAUUUGUUUAUUCCUUUUAAGCUAACAAACUUGCCUCCAUCCAUUGACCCGGUACAGCCACAAACUCACCUCAACUAGUAAAACUUGCACAAAAGUUAAAACAAGAAAUAGACGAGAGUAUCAUGCUAUCAAGAAGGAAUGAUUGUUUUAAGCAACGUUUAUUCUUAAUAUCUACCUGGGUUAUCAGAUUUUGGAUCGUAUAUUUGGUAAGAGUACCAUGUCUGGACGCCAUAUUCUAUGUUGGGACAUACCAUUAUCAAGAUUUCAUGGCAUUUGUAAGAAGUGAAAAACGAUGUGGAUUUUAUCCAGAAAACGUAUCAAGUUUUAUAAGAAGAGAUCAUUCAAUUGAAAAAGAGUCUUGUCUGAUUUUUAUGAAAUCAGUGAUAAAUUUUUCUGCAAUAUCCGACGUUGCCAAAGCAGAAACCAACUACUUCGCUUUUGGUGCUAAGUACAGUUUUCCUUUAAAAGCAUCUCCUUGUACAAACCAAUUACAAGAUGUGGAAAUGGUCCUUUUUUGUGAAGGGCCGACAGUUUUUAGCGGAUUAACAUGUAAUCAGGGCUGUAACAGGCUGUCAGAGGUUUGUCGACAAUCGUCAGAUGUCAACGAAGAACUUUGUAUUCCUGAACGCAAAAUUGACGAUUUCUGCGAUAACAAUUUACCUUGUCCAAGAAAUAGUGAAUGCAAGAUGGUUAACAAUUUCACAAGUUGUCAAUGUUCGGAAGGUUUUGAAGCUUUAGAUGGAAUAUGUAGAAAAGUCGGGCUUACCUUGGGAGAUACCUGUGACUAUAAUAGUCAAUGUUCUGGGACUAUCAACGCUUCACUUUGUUUACAUGAUAGGAUCCGAAACAAGAAAGUGUGUUCAUGUGAGAACGGUUAUGUUGCUGAUGAUUCCAACUGCAUAUUAAGCGGACUUGCGCUCAAUGCAGAAUGUAAAGAGGACCUACAAUGUACAGAAACAGUCAAUGGACAUACAUGUUUGCAUAAUGAUGUUAGAAAUAAAUCCAUUUGUCAGUGCGACAAAGGUUACAUCGAAAAAAAUUCAUCAUGCUUUAUAACAAAUCGUCGUCUUUAUGAAUACUGCGAUUGGUCUGAGCAAUGUACCGGAUCUACUGAAGCAAAUGAAUGUAAAGCUAUAGAUGGAAUAAAGAUGUGCUACUGUUCAGAGGAUAGAGGAAUAUUUGAAGGGGCAUGCUUGAAAGUUGGAUUAACUCUUGGUCAACACUGCUAUGUAGACGGACAAUGCACUGGUACAUCAAACUCUGUUUGUAAGGCCGAUCAGGAUCAGACUGGAAGUUUAACCUGUCAGUGUUCUAACGGGUUUAUGAGACACAAUGGAAGUUGUUUAAAAGAAUUCAAACGGCUUUAUGAAGAGUGUGAAAUCGAUGCUCAGUGCAAUAGGACAUCUGAAGACGUUGUCUGCAAAGAAAAAUAUCAGCGGAAAAUGUGUAUGUGCAAUACAGGAUACAAGUAUUUGGAAGUAAACGGCACUUGGAAAUGUAUGAAAGAAUACAAACAGCUUUAUGAUGAGUGUGAAAUUGAUGAUCAAUGCAAUAGAACUUCUGAAGAGGUUGUCUGCAAAGAAAAAUAUCAGCGGAAAAUAUGUAUGUGUAAUACAGGAUACAAGUAUUUGGAAGUAAACGGCACUUGGAAAUGUAUGAAAGUUGGAUUGUCUCUUGGUGAACCUUGCUGCAUACACGAGCAAUGCACUGGCACACCACCCACUUUCAUUUGUGUAUCUAAGGAAAAUGAUGCAGGUGUUUUAACUUGUCAAUGCAACAGCACUAGAGGAUAUAUGAGAUAUAAUGAGACAUGUCUCCAAGUCGACAAACAACUGUACGAGGAAUGUGAAAUAGAUGCUCAGUGCAAUGGGACAUCGGGGAAGGAGGUCUGUAGAGAAAUACGAGACAGGAAGUUAUGUUUGUGUGAAGUAGGGUUUAUUGAAGACAAUACAGCUCUGAAAUGUCUUCAAGCUACAAUAGUGGAGGAACAGGCCUGGAUUGCUGAUAAGCGAAUCCAAUUUCUUGUCAUAGCUGUAGGAGGAUUCGUUAUUAUCACAUGUUUGGUGUGUUUAUUUACCACUGUCCUGUUUGCACUGAAGAAAAGAAAGUCGGACAAUCAGAGGUUUGAAUAUCAAGAUUCUACACAUAUAGAAAUUGGACAUAUCCACAAUUCCCCAAACGAUGAUACAGGGAACAUAUACGAUGAAGAUGUUUCACAAGCAUAUGAUCAUAAUUCUGUUUAUGAUCAUACAGAUGACAUUUACAAUGCCACACAUCAGAGAGAAGAACAAAAAGAUGAAAACCUCUACAAUCAUAUCGAGACUCAGUCUUCCUUCACAGAGCAACACUCUGAUCACUAUACAUACUCGUACAACCAUCUUCACCAAAGACCAUUCCCGAUGUCAUUAGUCUAUAAUGAGCCAAAUACCACUUCAGUUUAGUUGCUGUCUACUAGAAAUGAAAUUAACAACAAUUUAAAAAGGAAAACUAUGUUAAACAUAGUUGUUUCUUUAGUUGUUUUUACCUUAUAAAUUUGAAUUUUAAAUUUAAAUAAAAUGCCAUCAGUCAUAUGUUCGAUUUUUAACACGGUACACAUAUUAUGCCCGCCCUUUCUAAAGAGAACUCCGGUUCAUUAUUGUUAUCCUGAGCCGUCCGACCCUCCGUCCGUCUGUCCGACCGUCCGUCUUUCACUUUAUCCUUUUCUCAAACUGCACUGACAUUUAAAAACAAAUAACUAUCUAUAUAUGAUACGGUGUGUAUAUGUAUAUCAAACACUGAGAAAAGUGUAACCAAUCUACUGUUACACUGAUAGUGCUAAUUUUUCUUCCCUUUUAAUACGUUCAAGUAACUUUAUCUUGGUCUAGUGAAAUACAAAAAAUAAAAAAGAAAUGUGGUGGUCCAAGGGAUAAUUUUGUUUUCCUGGAGAUGGGAGGGAGAGGGGUGACUGGGGCUUAUUUUUACUCUAUAUUCUCUCUUUCUCUCAAAAGGGUUUUUUUCAUUAGCAUUUCUUGGCAAAGAUAAUGGAAUAUGGUGCUACUUCCCUGGAUUCGUGGUCUUACUCUCACUCAAUCUCCAGAUAUUAUUUUGAUAAGCCUAAAACUGUAAUUUCUUUCCGUACAUGGAAUAUUCUUUCUCUAACAGUGCAAGACACCAUAAUGUUAUUCUUGUGUGAGACAACGCCACAACAAAAAAGUAUUUUAGAAAAGGAAUGCUGUGUGAAGAGAUUGAAAGGUUACUUCACAAUUUUAUGAAAAAAUAUUCGAAGUUAUGUCUGAAUAUGUAUACUACGGACAUCCACGGAUUGUAUUCACGUUGUAUUCAAUUGCAUUUUGUAACAUG